UCCUGCCUGGAGUGUAGAACCAAGUCAGCUUCAACUUUACAACAGUGAGAAGGCAAUGAUUUACAAUGCGCGCUGUCACUCCUGUUUCAUGGCAAAAUCGGUCAACUCUCGAAAGUUAAUCUGUGCAGUUAUUUGAGUUUCGCUCAAGAUAAGUUUUUAGCUGUUCUCUUUGUGUUUCUUUUUGGAAAAGUUACAGAUACAGUUCGGUAGAUAUGCACGUUGUUAUAUUCGCUAGUGUGUCUUUCCGAAACAGCAGAAAGAAGAGUACACUUUUCGGAGAUUACAAUAGUUAGCCCGUAGCCAUAUUGUUGGGAGAAAAUACAUUCACAAUAAUUUAACAACUUCAUCGAAUUUACUUUUGGAAGAAUUUACUUUUGGAAGUUGGAUGAUUUGAAGUUUCAAGUUUCGUUCUGAAGAAACAUUUGCAUUGAUUUUGGCUCUUUGAAUCUUUUAUAGACAUUUUUUCUCGAGCAAAUACGUUUUGUAUUGUUUUUGGAAUAACCAUGGAUCCCAGCCAGCACAACCCUCCAGCCGGUCACCAGAUAGUCCAUGUCCGGGGAGACUCGGAGACUGAUCUGGAGGCCCUUUUCAACGCUGUUAUGAACCCGAAAAACACAAUCGUCCCCGCCUCCGUUCCCAUGAGGAUGAGAAAGCUACCCGAUUCCUUCUUCAAACCGCCUGAGCCAAAGUCCCACUCCAGACAAGCUAGCACAGAUGCAGUUACGGCUGGUGCCCUCGCCCCCCACCAUGUGCGUGCCCACUCAUCUCCGGCCUCUCUACAGCUAGGGGCAGUGUCACCCCUUUUGGGCAUGGUCCCCGCUGGCGCGCCUCCAUCAAACCUCCGACAGUCGUCCUAUGAGAUCCCAGAUGACAUGCCCCUGCCCCCAGGUUGGGAGGUGGCUCAGACCCCCUCUGGACAGAGAUACUUCCUCAACCAUCUGGACCAGUCGACCACCUGGCUGGACCCUCGUAAGGCACUCCUACAGAUGAACCAGGCCCCUCCCACCAGCCCUGUACCAGUCCAGCAGCAGAACAUCAUGAGCCCAGCUAGUGGUCCUCUCCCUGACGGCUGGGAACAGGCCGGCACCUCUGAGGGAGAGAUCUACUACAUCAACCACAAGAACAAAACCACCUCCUGGCUCGACCCACGCCUCGAGCCGUGCUACAGCCUGAACCAGCAGCGUAUCACCCAGAGUGCUCCUGGUAAGCAGGGGAGCCAGCUGCCUUCCAGCCCCCAAAGUGGAGGAGUCAUGGGGUGCAGCAACCAGAUAAAGCUCCAGCAGCUGCAGAUGGAGAAGGAGAGGUUGAGACUGAAACACCAGGAGCUGCUCCGCACCAGACCACAGGAGCUUGCUCUGCGGAACCAACUGCCCACCAGUAUGGAGCAGGAUGGGGGAACCCUUAACCCCGUGUCGUCCCCUGGUAUGGGCCAGGAUGCCAGAAUCAUGACCACCAACAGCAAUGACCCAUUCCUCAACAGUGGGACCUACCACUCCAGGGAUGAGAGCACAGACAGCGGUCUGAGUAUGAGCAGCUACAGUGUCCCCCGUACCCCCGACGACUUCCUCAACAGUGUGGACAGUGUCCCCCGUACCCCCGACGACUUCCUCAACAGUGCGGACAGUGUCCCCCGAACCCCUGAUGACUUUCUCAACGGUGUGGACGAGAUGGACACAGGGGACUCCCUGCCGGUCUCCAUGGGAACACAGCCCAGUCGUUUCCCUGACUACCUGGACGUCAUCCCGGGGACAGAUGUAGACCUUGGCACGCUGGAGAACAAGAGCAUGGCCGUGGAGGGGGAAGAGCUAAUGCCUAGUCUCCAGGAAGCCUUGAGCUCCGACAUCCUAAACGACAUGGAGUCAGUUCUGGCAGCCACCAAGAUGGACAAGGAGAACUUCCUCACAUGGUUAUAGACC